UAAUUAUUACAGGUUUGCGUAAAAUCCAGAGAUUGCAUUUCACUCUUUUUAUUCAUUUUGAGGAAUACUGAAUGUUUUCAUGCAAGUGAAAUGAGUAAAUGCAUGUUCACAUUUAGUCUAGAACUAUAAUAACCAUCAUGUUGACACAACGCACACAACACCUCUGCACUUUAUUUUUGAGAGGCGUCAGUCAAUAAAUGUGAAAAAGUAACUUAGAUAUUUUCUGUUUUGUUGUGAAUUGAAAAAGUAAUGCAUUACUUUACUUGUUACUUGGAAAAGUAAUCUGAUUACAUAACUCAAGUUCCUUGUAAUGCGUUACCCCCAACACUGGUUAUAAAUGAUAAUUAUAUGUCAUUUUGAUAUGUAUCAAUGGUAAAUACUGUAAAUCAUGUGUGUUACCCUCAACACUGGCUAUAAAUAAUAAUUAUAUGUCAUUUUGAUAUGUGUCAAUUGUUAAUGCUGUAAAUCAUGUACAUUUUCUGUCAUGUUCUAUUUUGAUCCAUUAGUGAACCAUAAUGGUAUUACUUCUAUACAAUCUUGCUGACUCGAUAUUGAUUUCACAACAACUUUUAGUCUAAUUUUCCAUGGAAUGCAAUAGAGCAAAAUGACAGAAAGUGCUCUGAAUCAUCUCUUAAUGUUUUUAAACUGUAAAUGGUGGAAAAUUUUCUGUUAACACAAAAUCUGAACUGGGUGCUGGUUUGAAGUCAGUAUUUGUGUGGGAAGGUUGCCAUGGAUGAGCAUUUUGCUGCUUAAUCAGCCACCAGAUUUAUAAAUCAGUAAAUUAAUAUUUAUAAAUCACUCUUUUUUUUUGGCUCAUACAACUAAUUUUGUCUUUAGAAAAGCAAGUUACUUGAUAUAGAUGCACCAUAUAAAAUAUAUAUAUACAUAUAUAUAUAUAUAUAUAUAUAUAUAUAUAUGUAUAUAUGUACACUAAAACAUUGAAAAUGUAUGAAAAGUAAUAUAAUAAUAAUUCUUCAUAGAAUCUCCUACAUAUGAUGCUGAAAUAUAAUUGAUCAUCAGUUUGUUUAAUGGUUUAUCUUCAGUACAGUUUAUGACCAAGUAAAUUUAUAGAUAUGGUAGUGCAAAGUUUGUUUAAAAUAUGAAUUGUGAAUCAUUUAUUUUGCUGUUCUUGAUGAUUAUAUAAUGUAUAAAUAAAGGCCAGAAUAUAUAUUUAUUCCUUAUAUAUAUUAGCACGACUUAUUUUAGGUUUUUGAUAACAGUAUGUGUGUUUUUAUGUAACAGUGAAAUGCUAACUGCAAAAUAAAAUGUGAUGAAAUAUCUAAUUCCUAUUUUCUUUUAUACACAAAUUUAGCAUUCAGUUCUUUUUGUGAUAGGCGGAGAGCAAAAAGUAGCUUCGUCAACAGAAAAUUGCACACAUAUGUUGGCCCACAAAGAGCAGAUUUAUUCAGGGCAGAACAGAACAUCGAACAACAAGUUAGUUAGCUUAUGUGACCCUGUCCAAGAUGAUAUUACUAUUAGUCAGUCUUUUCCUUGGGAACAUUCCUUCAUUUGCAUUUUCAGCAUCAUCCAAUCCGAAAAUAAACUGCCUUAUCAUAAAUCUGGACUAUGUUAACUGCACAUGGAGUGAGCCUGAGCUCAAGAACAAUUACAGUUUCAAGAGCAGGUUUACACAUGACGAAAUUCAGGAUUGUCCUGAAUAUCACAGGAUUAAUGGUGUUAAUGUGGGCUGCGUGUUUCCCUACAAAAAACAACAAAGGUUUAAUACGUUAAACACAUGGCUGUACAGUGACAACGGCAGUUUGGUGACAAAUCAAGAACAUGAUCUGAAAGAAUAUGUGAAGCUUAACCCUCCGUUCAACCUGACUUUGGUGGAGAGAAAAGAUGCUGAACUGUGGCUGUACUGGAAUGUCACGAACAAUAACAACUGUAUUGAGAGUGAAGUUCGCCACAGGACAGACAACAAUGACUGGAAGAACACCUCUCCAGGCACAAGAAGCUCCUUCAGUUUGCCUUUUCCCUCCAGAAAAAAGUAUGAGUUCCAGGUCAGGUCUCGAAUAUCAUUAUCGUGCGGAGAGUCCAAGUUUUGGAGCGACUGGAGUCAGUCUGUGUACUGGGGAUCUUUAAAACCCAACAAUGGCACAGAAAUAAACUGCCUUAUCAUAAAUCUGGACUAUGUUAACUGCACAUGGAGUGAGCCUGAGCUCAAGAAUAAUUACAGUUUCAAGAGCAGGUGGUUUAUACAUGACGAAAUUCAGGAUUGUCCUGAAUAUCACAGGAUUAAUGGUGUUAAUGUGGGCUGCGUGUUUCCCUACAAAAAACAACAAAGGUUUAAAACGUUAAACACAUGGCUGUACAGUGACAACGACAGUUUGGUGGUAAAUCAAGAACAUGAUCUGAAAGAACAUGUGAAGCUUAACCCUCCGUUCAACCUGACUUUGGUGGAGAGAAAAGAUGCUGAACUGUGGCUGUACUGGAAUGUCACGAAUAAUAACAACUGUAUUGAGAGUGAAGUUCGCCACAGGACAGACAACAAUGACUGGAAGAACACCUCUCCAGGCACAAGAAGCUCCUUCAGUUUGCCUUUUCCCUCCAGAAAAAAGUACGAGUUCCAGGUCAGGUCUCGAAUAUCAUUAUCGUGCGGAGAGUCCAAGUUUUGGAGCGACUGGAGUCAGUCUGUGUACUGGGGAUCUUUAAAACCCAACAACGGCACAGAGAAUCUGGCUCUCCAGAGCCACAAUAAUACUCAUCAUAAUCGCCCAGUUGCUGGUUCAUACUGAGAGACAAUUAUGAUGGCAACAUAGAGAAAUGGCUGUCUAUGCCUAUAGAUCUGGAGAACGGCUUCAAAUCCAAUUUCACAGAGCGUGCCUGUCCUGUGCGCUAGUACAAAAUAGUGUCUCAGUGACAGUGAAAGCAUCCUCUCCAACCCAAUAGACCUGUCAUCAGACCAUACAUCAUAGUGUAAGAUGUGUCUGUGAUAACAUAUUUAGCAGAAAGAAGUCAAUUCUGAAUAUGAUUUGUGUACUGGUGGGAAAAGCCCAUCACCUACCAACCCAUGUAUUAUCUGAUUAUUUAGCUGAGUGCUAUUUGUGAUUCAUGCUGUUGCCAGUUAGUAAUGUAGUUGGCAGUUUAAAUUCAACUAGAGUUUCAUUAUAACUAUAUAAGUCUCUGAGAUUUUACUUUUAAUUUUUUUUUUUUCAUCAUUAGUAUUGAGCAUGUUUUUGGGAUGUUUAACAUUUAGAAUGUAUGUGAAUUUGCUAUUUUAAGAUUUAAGAUGAUCAGAUUUUGUACACAAAUAUUAUGCUUAAAGAAUGUAAUGCCUUUGCAAUCAUUGAAUAAAAACAUUCAAAAACAGCUAAACUACAGUUUAUCUGUCACGGAAUUACAAACACAAUCGAAAUUAUAUUAAAAAAUAUCCUGCUCUUCUAAGCUUUAUAACUGGAGUGAAUGGUACCCUAGAUUUUGAAGCCCAAAAAAGUGCAUCCGUCCAUUAUAAAACUAAUCCAUAGCUUCUGGAUUCAUGUUCACGAAAGAGUUGAGUUCCGGCGGAAAGGUGACUUUUGACCUGACAUAUGACGUAGAUCCUCUUCUCUUGUAUCGAAAUCCUUCGACAUCUCUCUUUAAAACUUUAUUUUAAUUUUUAAAACCCUUUAAGUACAUCAGGAAGAACCUAGUGAAGAGAGAAACAUUAAUUCUGUUUGUCUGGAGAUGGAGAGAUUGUAUAACAUCAGAAAUGUGAAAUAAAACUGGAUCCCUCACAUGUAAUUGGCCAGGUUGUGUUCUUCAAGCGUAUGGGUCUCAAAGCCAUGUGGAGUUGUAUCAAAGUAAUCACUCCCAAUACCACAUAUAAAGCAUUUGGUCUGAAGAAGCAAUGCAAUGUGUAAAAUCAGACAUACAGCUAAGUAUAUAAAUACUUCAUAUUGGAGAGUAAUGAACUCAGUACCUCCAUAUCUUCUUUUACUUGCUCUUGCUGGUCUCUCAGCUCACCAAAAGCAUCAAUGAUCAGACCUGUGCAGACAAACAUGCAUUGGCAUUGAAGUGUUUUCAAUCUAAUCCAGAAAAUGAAAUCUCAUAGCCUGCAAUAAAUCUCCAAAAUGUAAGAUUUUAUGUGGUAUAUUUGCUAGGACGUUACUCAAGUUGAAUAGCAAGACAAGUCUCACCUUUAAUGAUGGCCAGCAGGAUGACGAUGACAAAGAAGAAGAAGGUGAUGUCAAAGACCACCCGAUAGAGUUCAUACUCAUCCCCUGCUGGGUCCUCAAUCUCGUCUCCUAUAUAUCCACCUGUUUUCCAUUGUGUGUGAUGGAGGACAGAAUUGUACACAGGGUCUUGACACCCAUUGCAAUGUCCAAAAGGUGACAAGCAAAAGAGGAAAUUGUUGUAAUGUCCAAAAGUGACACCACUGUGUACUACACAAGGUAGAGGAAAGUCUAAAAAUAAAGCAUACUUUAGUGCAUAUGACAUGAAGUUUGUUUUGCAAAAAUAUUAAAGAAGUCACAAAAAUGACUUGUGAACAAAACUCCAAACUUCCAGACCUGAUACUUCAUGUAAAUAGCAGUGAGUCUGAAAAAAUGGAAUUCACUUGAUUUCACAACAACUUUUAAUCUAUUAGCAUAAUUUUGUAUGUACCUUGUAGAGUAAUGCAUUGGUGCAAAAUGUUGAAAAGCAUCUCAAUGUUUUUACAAUUCAGUAAUUACUGGAACAUUUUCUGUUAAUGCAACUUCUGAACUGGCUGCUGGUUUGAAGCCAGUAUUUGUGUGGGAGGGGUGCCAUGAUGAGCAUUAAAGGUUAUCUUUUGUAGAAAAUCUGCUGCAUACUAAAGCCACCAAAUGUCUAAAUCAGCAAAUGAGCAUUUAUAAAUCACUCUUUUAUUUGGCACAUACUGUAGAACUAAUCUUGUACAUAUACAUACUGUAUAUAUAUAUAUAUAUAUAUAUAUAGAGAGAGAGAGAGAGAGAGAGGGGACUAGAACAUUGAAAAUGUCACAAAAAUGUGAAAUUAAUGGAUUAAACAAAAAAUGUAAAUUAAUAGUAAUUCAUUAAUGAAUUCUGAUGCGAAUCAUUUAUUUUGCUGUACUUGAUUGCUAUAUAAUGUCUAACCAAAGGCCAGAAUAUAUAUUUAUUCCUUAUGUCUUGCAUAUUUUUGGUUUUAAACUCAAUAAAUGAGUUAAGUGAAUCGGCAUCUGCAAAAUAGUAUGUAAAAAUAGGUUCAAAUGAAAAACACAAAUUUAGCAUUCAGUUCUUUUCAGGCAGUGGCUUCUUCGGAAACAGGAAAUCUCGCAUAUACGUCAGCCCACAAAGAGCAGAUACAUUCAGAGCAGAACAGGGUAGACCGAAACAGACACAAAACAAGCGAGUUAUGUAAACCUGUCCAAGAUGAUAUUACUUUUAUUCAGUCUUCUCCUUGGGAACAUUCCUUCAUUUGCAUUUUCAGCAUCAUCCGAGCCAA